GCGAAACUGAAAUUCCGGAAGAAGAUAAAGUCUUGAAUGAGCUAAAGACUUGGGCAGAAGCCCCUGCUACUGAGGAACCGGUGUGUGUGAUGUUAGACAUGCCAAUCUAUAUGUCUGUUGAUAGAAAGUUUUUCUGUGACCUGAUAGCCCCACAGGAAUGGCUGAGCAGUAUGCACAUUGAUGCCAUAACCAACUUGUUGAUGAGCCACAGAAUUGAGGGUCAAAAAUGUGAAAUAAUCUCCAUGUUUUUCGUGAAUCAAUUGAAGAAGAAGAGAUUUGACAAGCCAGAAGAUUGGAGUGGAGACAGAUUCUUGAAACGCAUUGACUGGCGUGGGUUGUCAAAGGUAUUAAUUCCGUUGAAUGUUGAAAAUAAACACUGGAUAUUGUGUGAGGUGAAUUUGGAGGAGGUCGUGGUUAAAGUUUAUGAUUCCUUAAAGACUUCCCGAAGUGCGUGGUAUGCAUUUGAUUUGUGUUCGAGGCUUCCUUAUCUACUUCAAGAGAUUCAACAUGACCUCCCACGUCCCUUACACCUUAGACCAUGGGAGGCAGUGGCUGUUCAUGGGGUUCCGCAACAAGGAAUAGG